AUGCUGUCCGCGUCCCUGAAGCCGCCGCCCUCCCUCGCGGCGAUCUCCCCGUCCUCCCGCGCCCCCGCGCCGCCCGCCGCCUCAUUCCCUUCCCUUCUUCCCAGCCGCGGCCGGGUCCGCCUCUCGGCGGCCGCGUCCGAGGGCGCCACCGUCAGCCAGGAGGACGCCGCGUCCGUCUCCGCCGCGUUCGAGGAGGCGCGCCUGGCCCAGUUCGCGGCGGACUGGAAGGCUGUGCGCGCAGACAAGGAACAGGGGAAGAUCCUCACGCUGCCGGUGCUGCGCUCAAACACCGGCGGGCUCAUCCUGAAAUACAACUCCAUGCAGGGCUUCGUGCCCAAUCCUCUCCUCAGCCCCGCCCAUUGGUGUAAAGAUCCCAAAAGGCCCAUUCAAGAUGUUACAAAGGACCUAGUAGGUUCCUCUGUUUCUGUCAAGGUAGUUGAAGCAAAUGAGGCAGAAAAGAAGCUUGUAUUCUCUGAGAAGGAUGCCAGUUGGUCAAUGUACUCUUCUCAAGUAAAGAUUGGCGGUACCUAUGAUGGAAUUGUUGGUUCUGUCUUCCACUAUGGUGCAUUUGUUCACCUGCGAUUUCCUGAUGGAAAGUAUCAUCUCACUGGUCUCGUACAUAUCUCUGAGGUCUCUUGGGAUCUUGUCCAAGAUGUCCAAGAUUUUCUAACUGAAGGCGAUAUCGUCAAGGUCAUAGUGGUGAAUGUUGAUGCGGAGAAGUCAAGGAUUGGUUUAUCAAUCAGGCAAUUGGAGGAAGAUCCUCUGCUGGAGACAUUGGACAAAAUUAUUCCUUUGGAACCCGACCUAUCACCUGAUUCUGAGACCGCAUCAUCUCCUCCAGAAAUUGAACUUCUUCCAGGACUUGACGGUAUAUGUAAUGAACUUCUACAAGAGGACGGUAUAACAGAUGUGCGGUUCGGGCGGCAGGCUUUGGAGAAACGUGUGGUUUCACAAGAUCUAGAGCUCUGGCUUUCUAGCGUGCCAGCUAAGGACAACCAGUACAAGCUUCUUGCUCGAGCUGGGAGACAGGUCCAGGAAGUGUACCUGACGACGAGCCUAGACCAGGAGGGCGUGAAGAAGGCGGUGCAAAGAGUGCUAGGACGCGUUCCCUGA